AGCAUCAUUUUGAAGCAAACACAGAUACAAACAGGGUUGUUAUUGUUGUGAGUUUACCGACUUUGCUCACAGGAUGAAGCCGAGUCAAAUGUUUGUGCCAAUUGGUCAUCUGUGAUCAAGUGUUUUAUGAAUCAUCAUCAUUGCAAUAAUAAUCUAGUCAUAUUGAUUUCACUGUUAUGAUUAUGAUGGCAUCCAACAAUCAAAUGCACAACUAUCUGCGUGAAAUACGCGGCAUAUCUGGUGUUGUGAUGACCAGUGAUUCAUCGUCAUCUUCUUCGUUGGUUUGUUCGGGUAUCAAAUCCACUUUGGACGCAAGUAGCAGUAGCAACAGCAAUCCAUUGGCUGAAUCGUAUGGACAACAACCGAAAGCUUUGAAUCGUCAGAGUCGUGUGGUGCUGCAUCCCCAAUUACAUCAGCAACAUCUGAAGAAUGUCUGGAAACAUUACUUGUAUGAACUUCAGCAACGGGCGCCCACACCCAAACGAGUGGUUUGUCCAUUUGUGAUACGAUCGCGACCCUCCCACUAUGGUCGAGAAUUCCAUGGCAUUAUGUCGCGUGAUGAGGCCGAACAAAUCCUGCUCGACGAUGGCAAACAGGCGACGACUGAUCAGACUUCUCAUCACCACCAGGACGAUGGGCGCUAUCUGAUACGUGAAUCGUCGCGUCAAAAGUCUCAGAUGACGCUGUCGUUGCGGUUCAACAAUCAAACAAAGAAUUUUCGACUUUUUUACGAUCAUCAAGGUGGCCAGCACUACGUCAACGAACUGAAGCGUUUCGACACUGUCCAUGACUUGGUGGCCGAUGGUCUCAUCACACUUUAUGUGGAAUUACAUGCCGCCGACUACAUUGCCAACCUGGCCAAUCAGUCUCGAUACGAAGAAUCGCCCUACAUGACGUUGCACAAGAAUCGACUUUUGAAAACCAACAAACAGACACGGUCCGCGUGUAAAUUGGACAAUGUGCAGAUAAUGCCCAUUCAGCCGCAAGAAUUGUGUCUGCAAGACGAUCCCUGUGAUGAUGAUGAUUCGUUGGAUCGGAAAUUUGAUGUUCGUCUGUACGAAAAGGCUCACAAUUUUCGGACGCACACGUUCAUCGGACAUCCGUGGUGUGAUUUUUGCGGCAACUUUAUCUGGGGACUCAUAGGACAAGGUGUCCGCUGUGAAGACUGUGGCUUUGGAGCUCAUCGGAAAUGUUCAGAAUCUGUGCCAAACGACUGUUGUCCCGAUUUACGUCACAUUCGUCGCAUAUUUGGAAUCGAUUUGACCACGUUCUGCAAGGCCAGUCAAUUGCCGCGACCAUUCAUCGUUGAACUGUGCGUCGCCGAGAUAGAACGUCGUGGUCUUCGUGUCGAGGGACUUUAUCGUGCCUGUGGUUCUUCUGACGAGAUUGACCUGUGGAAGAAUCGAUUCGAAACGGACUGGGAACACACCCCCUUGGCUCAGAUUGAAGACAUUCAUGUGGUGACUGGUCUGCUGAAACAGUACUUGCGAUUGCUGCCCAUUCCGUUGAUAACAUUCGAUUCGUACCAACGUUUCGUUGAUUCGGCAAAAAAAAGCUGCCAAGAGCAAGCCGUACAAGGAUUGCGGGAUGCGUCUCAUCAUUUGCCGCCAGCCCACUAUCAAACGCUCAAAUUCCUGAUUGUCCACUUAAACAAGGUCUGUGCAUACGAGGACUACAACCUGAUGUCGGCGAAAAACCUGGGUUUAAUAUUCGGUCAGACGUUGAUAUACACGCCCAACAUUCCGAUGAUGUUUCAGAUGAUGAAUUGCUGCUGGGAAUACGAAUCCAAGGCCAUCGAAUUGAUGAUUCUGUUUCAUGAUAAAAUAUUCAAGUGAAUCUAUCCAUGUAAAUAAACUAGGAAUGAAUCCAAUAAUAAAUGUUACGUUGCUUUACUCAUCUUAUUCAA